AUGGCGGAGUGCCGCGCGGUGCCCAGCGACCUCUUCCCCUUCGUGCUCGCGUUCCUGCGGGAGAACCAAUUCGAGGGCGCCGCGCGCGCCUUCGCUAAAGAGGCGGCGACCAAGGAGCAGGACCCCAAUGCAGCCUCCCUUUUGGACAUCUUCAGUUACUGGCUGAAGUCUCCAGCGGCUAAGAAAAGAAAGCUUGUGCCUAAUGGCUCCCAGGUGAAGAGGAAGCCCUCCUCCAGCAGUGAUGACAGCUCUAGCGAGGAGGAGACACCCCCAGCCAAGAAACCAGCUAAAGCAGCAGCUGUACCUAAGGCAAAAGCAGUCCCUCCAGCCAAGAAAGCAGAGAGCAGCAGCAGGGACUCCAGUGAUGAUUCAGACUCAGAGGAGGAAAAGCAGCAGCAGCCAGCAAAGAAAGGCGCAAAACCUGUGGUGAAGCCAGCUGGGACCAAAAUCCAGCCUCAGAAGAAAGCAGAGAGUUCCAGCUCUGACUUGAGUAGUUCAGAUGAAGAAACACCAAAGAAACAGCCACCAAAACCAACGACACCUAAAUCGGGAAGUAAAGCUGCCCAAGCAGCCACCAAGGUGAUCAAUGGAAAAGCAGAGAGCAGUAGCAGCAGUAGUGAAGAUUCUGAUGACGAAAAGGCUGCACCAAAGAAGACUGUUCCCAAGAAACCAGCAGCCACUCAACCACAUCCAGGAAAAAACAAACGUGCAGAGGAAAGCUCCAGUAGUGACGACUCAUCUGACAGUUCAGAUGAUGAAAAGCCACCUGCAAAACAAAAGUCAAAAUCAGGUCAGUACAGUGCUGUACCACCUCCUCAAGCUACACAGAAAAAGAAAAGCCUUGCCAAGACUCCUGCAAAAAAGGCUGAAAGCAGUGACUCUUCAGACAGUAGUGAUGAGGCAGAGAAGGUGCCCAAAAAAGGAGCAGGCAAAGCAGUAGUAGCUAAAACAAUCAGUGGUCCCCAAAACAAAGCUGUGACUACCAGGAAGGCUGAAUCCAGUUCUGACAGUGACUCAGAUUCUAGCUCUGAAGAUGACAAGAAGGCAGGGAAUAAACUCCCAGCUAAACAGCCUGUGGUAAAGAAUACUUCCAAACAAGCAAAAGUAGUUGUCAAGCCUGGACAAGCAAAGAAAGACUCCAGUUCCUCCUCUGACAGCUCAGAUUCUGGUAGUUCUGACAAGAAAGCCCCCAUGAAGCCCACAACUAAAACAGCAAUCCUUGCAACAAAGAAGUCCCAAGCUGCUCCAAAGAAAGCUCAGAGUAGCUCUGAUUCAGAUAGCAGCUCCAGCAGCUCUGAAGAUGAGAAGAAAAAAGGCACUCCAGCUAAAUUACCUGGCAAAGUGGCUAAGCCAGUGUCCAAACCUUCUACCCUAGUUCCCAAAGCAGACACUUCUGACUCUGAUAGCUCAAGCAGUGAAGAAGAAAAGAAGCCAGCAGUGAAACAAACCACCAAAUCUAUAGGGGCAGCAAAAGCAACUGUGGGGAAGAAGGGUGCUGCUUCUAGCAGUGGCAGCUCAUCUGAUAGUUCCAGUGAAGAGGAAAAGAAGCCCAAAAAGGCAGGGAAAGGGGCACAGAACAGUUCUAAGCCCACUGCCUCCACAGAAAAAGCAAAAGCAGCCACAGCAACUGCAAACAACUUGAAGUCUAAGCCAGCUGGUGGCAACAGUAGCAGCAGUGAGACCAGCUCAGAGGAAGAGACUGGAAAAGUCAAUGGAGGCACAAUCGGGAUGAAACAGAAGAGGAAAGAUGUUCUGGAGCCAGAGGCACCACAUAGUAAAAAGGCAAAGAUCAAAGUCAAAACACCACACACAGUUCCCAAGGUGAAACGGCCAGCUUCUCCAUUCCGGCGUGUAAGGGAAGAAGAGAUUGAGCUGGAUGCUCGCGUUGCUGAUAACUCAUUUGAAGCAAAGAAAGGAGCAGCUGGUGACUGGGGUGAGAAGGCUAACAAUAUCCUGAAAUUCACUAAAGGCAAAUCUUUCCGCCAUGAGAAGACAAAGAAAAAACGAGGCAGCUACCGUGGGGGCACUAUAUCAACUCAAGUCAAUUCAGUCAAGUUUGACAGUGACUGA